AUGCAGCAAAUCUUCUUCGGCGCCCUCAUCGGGACAGCCGCCGCCGCCAGCGUCGCGGCCAGCGCGGGCAGUCCCUCGGUCAAGGGCCCCACUAACGGAGGCGUCAUCAGUACCAGCGAGCUCGACGGCUACCUCAACAGCGGCGCCACCUACGCCAACACCAGCACUGCCAAAGACACCUCCCAUCAACAGUCCGUCAACUCCGACAUCGACUUACGACCCAGUGGGGAAGUGUUCAUGUUGUGGCGAGAGAGGGAGGACGAACUGGCCCCUCCGAGAUCGAAGUGUUCAUGCUGCGGGGCGUCCAAUCGGACCAAGUGGGGUUGCAGCUGCACGGGCGGGAAGAGCCAUCAGUGCCUCAAGAUGGUGGAGCCCGAAGACCCGCAGGCGGUGGAUAUCAGGAGCCAAGACGUGGCUAUGCGCUGGAGGCGGCUCGCGACGAAGUUGGCCAAGACGGACCCCGAGGGCCCAUGGGAGUUCCUGCCCAACGAGAAGGACACGAUGCUGGACGAUUCCGAGCUGCCGGAGGACCUUCAGAAGUUCUACCAGGUGAAGGAGAGGAUCGAUGAGGGGAUCUACCAGAACGUGGCGACGGACAUGAUCGAACUUCCGAAGACGAAGCGCGUCGACUUGAUGGAGGUCUGCUGCCCCGAGACACGUCUGGUACUCAGCCCGCCGUGUACCGCGGACUGCCCGAUUCAGAACCUCAACCAGAAGACCGAGGAUCAGCGGAAGAAGCUCAUGAAUAAGAUACGUCAGGCCCGUCGUAUUCAGCGCAACUGCCUCUUGCUCUACGAGGAAGCCAAGAAGAUCCUAGAUUGCCACAUCGACCUGGAGCAGCCAUGGAACAGCCGCAGCUGGAAGCAUUCCCCAUCUCUCAAGAAGAUGCGGUCUGAGAUGCACGAGACGAUCAUUCAUGGGUGUGCCUGUGGACUCCGAGACGUGCGUUCUGGGCUACUGAUGAAGAAGGGCUGGCGCGUGUGCCCCACAGACUCGGAGUUCGGCGGGAAGCUGGGCCGUCACUGCUCUAACCGACCUGGACCUGCUGACAACCGCCACCAUCGUGCCAUCGAGGACGGUCCCGUGGUCGCGCAGACGGCCUACAACCCGCCAGCGCUGUGUAAGGCCUGGGCGAAGCACAUCCUGAAGAAGAACGACAGCGUGCAGUUCGGCAUGGAGAUCUUCACGAGUCUUGAGCAGAUCCCAGAGGAAGACGACACCGAGAUGCCAGACGCCGAGGACGACCCAGAGGACAUCGAGAUGGAGGACGCCGCGACGACGCUCAAGGGCUUGGGCCUCGACAGCGAUCUUUCGAGAAAGGAGACGCUCGAGAUCGAACAACGGCUCUCUCGACUUCGCCGUAACCUCGGACAUCCCAGCAACAGGACGCUCUACAAGAUCCUGAAGGCAUCAGGAGCACCGACCCAGGUCCUCAAGUUAGCCCUGGAGUUCAAGUGUCACGGCUGUCAUGUUGGGAAACUACCUCAGGCUGUUCGAGUGGCCUCGGGAGUGGAGAUCCCUGGGGUGCUUGAAGUACUGGCAUCGGAUGGUCUCGAGUGGCUAUCUCCCGACCAGAGCUCACACUUCAUGACGCUGGACCUGGACGAAGGCUCUGGACUCACCAGCGUCAAGUAUCACGGCAAGAAGGGCGACCGGAGCAGCAACCGCACAGCCAAGGAGGUGAUCAGCACUUGGGAGUCGUGGUGUACUCACUAUCGCCGACCUUCUCUCCUACGUCUGGACGCCGAGGGCUGCCACUGCUCUCAAGCCGUGGCCGAGUGGACAUCGGACAACGGCAUCGAGAUGUGGAUCGCACCUGGUGAAGCUCACUGGCUGAUGGGCAAGGUCGAGAGAAGGAUCCAGCUGUUCAAGCGCCUGAUGACCAAGAUGGCCCACCACGAUCCAGAGUGCUCAGUCGACGAACUGGUAUCCUGGGCAGUCAGCGCCAUCAACUCCAUGGACAAGGUCGGGAACCACUCCCCCUUCGCACACGCACUGGGAGCGUCGGGGAUGCCUGCCUCGAACAACCCGUUCGCGAUCAUCGACGACGACUCUGGGGAGACCCAGGAGCAGAGACGGCUCCUCGCACGCAAGAGCUACCUGGAGUGCGAAUAUGCUGAGCGGCGACGACAUGCUGAGAACGCCCGGAACCGUGUCUACCAGCUGUGGAACCCAGGGGACUUGGUCUACUUCUGGCGAGACGGCAAAGGACGUGAGAACCGACCUGGGAAGAAAGGAGGCUGGUACGGACCCGCUCGAGUACUGGUUCAAGAGAAGCGUCACGUGGACGGCAGGACCCGGGUGACAUCCGUGGUCUGGAUCUCACAUGGCAAUACGCUCAUUCGCUGUGCCCCCCGAACAACUCCGAGCCGCAUCGGAAGCUGA